AUGACGCUGCUCGAUUCGGGGCUCCGAGCCGCCGCCGCCGCCGGGCCGAGGGCGACGCGGAGCAGUCUCCAGCGCAGGCUUCCUUACCGAGCGACCACAAUGUCCGAGUUCCUCCUCGCCUUACUCACUCUCUCGGGAUUAUUGCCUGUCGCCCAGGUGCUGACCGUGGGAGCAGACCGAGAUCAGCAAUUGUGUGAUCCUGGUGAAUUUCUUUGCCACGAUCAUGUGACUUGUGUCUCCCAGAGCUGGCUGUGUGAUGGGGACCCUGACUGCCCUGAUGAUUCAGACGAGUCUUUAGAUACCUGUCCUGAAGAGGUAGAACUCAAGUGCCCCUUGAAUCACAUUGCUUGCCUUGGUACCAACAAAUGUGUUCAUUUAUCCCAACUGUGCAAUGGUGUCUUGGACUGCUCAGAUGGGUAUGAUGAAGGACUGCAUUGUCAGGAACUGUUACCCAGUUGUCAGCAGUUGAAUUGUCAGUAUAAAUGUGCAAUGGUCAGAAAUAGUACAAGAUGUUACUGUGAGGAUGGAUUUGAAGUAAAAGAAGAUGGGAGAAGCUGUAGAGAUCAAGAUGAAUGUGCUAUUUAUGGCACAUGCAGCCAGACCUGCAUAAAUACAUAUGGUUCCUAUGCCUGCAGUUGUGUGGAGGGCUACAUAAUGCAGCCAGACAACAGAUCUUGCAAAGCCAAAAAUGAACCUACAGAUAGGUUGCCUAUGCUAUUAAUUGCAAAUUCUGAAACAAUUGAGGUUUUCUAUCUCAAUGGAAGUAAAAUGGCAACCUUGAGCUCAGUCAAUGGAAAUGAAAUUCAUACUCUGGAUUUUAUUUAUAACGAAGACAUGAUUUGUUGGAUUGAAUCAAGAGAAUCUUCAAAUCAGCUCAAAUGUAUCCAGAUAACAAAAACAGGAAGAUUAACAGAUGAGUGGACAAUCAAUAUUCUUCAGUCCUUUCACAAUGUGCAACAAAUGGCGAUUGACUGGCUUACCAGAAAUCUCUAUUUCGUGGACCAUGUCAGUGACCGGAUCUUUGUUUGUAAUUACAAUGGGUCUGUAUGUGUCACCCUGAUUGACCUGGAGCUUCAUAAUCCUAAGGCAAUAGCAGUAGAUCCAAUAGCAGGAAAACUUUUCUUUACUGACUACGGGAAUGUGGCCAAAGUGGAGAGAUGUGACAUGGAUGGGCUGAACAGAACAAGGAUAAUUGAUUCAAAGACAGAGCAGCCAGCUGCACUGGCACUAGACCUAGUCAACAAAUUGGUUUACUGGGUAGAUCUUUACUUGGACUAUGUGGAAGUGGUGGACUAUCAAGGAAAAAACAGACAUACUAUCAUUCAAGGCAGACAAGUCAGACAUCUUUAUGGCAUAACUGUGUUUGAAGACUAUUUAUAUGCAACCAAUUCUGAUAACUUCAAUAUCAUAAGGAUAAACCGAUUUAAUGGCACAGAUAUUCAUUCAUUAAUUAAAAUGGAAAAUGCUCGAGGAAUCCGAAUUUAUCAAAAAAGAACUCAACCAACAGUCAGAAGCCAUGCAUGUGAAGUGGAUCCAUAUGGAAUGCCUGGGGGAUGCUCACACAUCUGUCUGCUCAGCAGCAGUUACAAAACACGGACCUGUCGCUGCAGGACGGGCUUCAACUUGGGAAGUGAUGGCAGGUCGUGCAAAAGACCGAAGAAUGAGUUGUUCCUCUUUUAUGGGAAAGGACGCCCAGGAAUUGUUAGAGGAAUGGACUUGAAUACCAAGAUAGCUGAUGAAUACAUGAUCCCCAUAGAGAAUCUGGUAAACCCUCGUGCUUUAGAUUUCCACGCAGAAACCAAUUAUAUCUACUUUGCUGACACCACCAGUUUCCUAAUUGGCCGGCAGAAGAUAGAUGGCACAGAGAGAGAAACCAUCCUGAAAGAUGAUCUGGAUAACGUGGAAGGCAUUGCUGUGGACUGGAUUGGAAAUAACCUUUACUGGACAAACGAUGGCCAUAGGAAGACCAUUAAUGUGGCCAGGCUGGAAAAAGCUUCUCAGAGUAAGAAGACUCUUUUAGAAGGAGAAAUGUCCCAUCCCAGAGGGAUUGUGGUGGAUCCUGUUAAUGGUUGGAUGUAUUGGACAGACUGGGAGGAAGAUGAAAUAGAUGACAGCGUGGGAAGGAUCGAGAAGGCCUGGAUGGAUGGCUUCAAUCGGCAGAUUUUUGUGACUUCAAAGAUGCUGUGGCCAAACGGUUUAACUCUGGACUUUCACACCAACACAUUAUACUGGUGUGAUGCCUAUUAUGAUCAUAUUGAAAAAGUGUUUUUGAAUGGAACUCACAGGAAGGUUGUUUACAGUGGGAAAGAGUUGAACCAUCCUUUCGGACUCUCGCAUCAUGGGAAUUAUGUGUUCUGGACUGAUUAUAUGAAUGGUUCCAUUUUUCAGCUAGAUUUGGUAACAAAUGAGGUGACAUUAUUGAGGCGUGAAAGACCACCCCUAUUUGGGCUGCAGAUUUAUGAUCCACGGAAGCAACAAGGUGACAAUAUGUGCCGAGGAAAUAACGGGGGCUGUAGUACACUGUGCUUGGCUAUUCCAGGAGGCCGAGUCUGUGCCUGUGCUGAUAAUCAACUUCUAGAUGAAAACGGGACAACUUGCACAUUUAAUCCUGGAGAAAUAUUGCCUCACAUAUGCAAAGCUGGAGAAUUCCGCUGUAAAAACAGACACUGUAUCCAAGCUCGCUGGAAAUGUGAUGGUGAUGAUGACUGUCUAGAUGGAAGUGAUGAAGAUUCAGUAAACUGCUUCAAUCAUAGCUGUCCUGAUGAUCAGUUUAAAUGCAAGAAUAAUCGCUGUAUCCCCAAGAGAUGGCUCUGUGAUGGAGCUAAUGAUUGUGGAAGCAAUGAAGACGAAUCCAAUCAAACUUGUGCAGGUAAAGAAAUCCAAACCCUAGUUUUUCUUCAUCUGUCCAGUCCUCAUCUAACUCAAAUAUUAACAGCCAGAACAUGCCAGGUGGACCAGUUUUCUUGUGGAAACGGCAGGUGCAUUCCCAGAGCAUGGCUAUGUGACAGGGAAGACGACUGUGGCGACCAGACGGACGAAAUGGCAUCUUGCGAAUUUCCAACUUGUGAGCCACUAACUCAAUUUAUAUGUAAAAGUGGAAGAUGCAUUAGCAGCAAAUGGCACUGCGACUCUGAUGAUGACUGCGGGGAUGGCAGUGACGAGGUUGGCUGUGUUCACUCUUGCUUGGAUAAUCAGUUCAGAUGUUCUAGUGGCCGAUGCAUCCCAGGACAUUGGGCCUGUGAUGGUGACAAUGACUGUGGAGACUUCAGUGAUGAAGCCCAAACCAAUUGUACCAGGGAAGAGAUUCAUUCUCCUGCUGGUUGUAACGGGAAUGAAUUUCAGUGCCAUCCUGAUGGAAAUUGCAUUCCUGAUCUGUGGCGCUGUGAUGGGGAAAAAGAUUGUGAAGAUGGUAGUGAUGAAAAAGGCUGCAAUGGGACAUUACGACUGUGUGAUCAUAAAACCAAGUUUUCCUGUCGGAGUACAGGGAGAUGCAUCAACAAAGCAUGGAUAUGUGAUGGAGAUAUCGAUUGUGAAGAUCAGUCAGAUGAAGAUGGUUGUGACAGUUUUUUAUGUGGACCACCCAAGUACCCUUGUGCUAAUGACACUUCAGCCUGCCUUCAGCCAGAGAAACUCUGCAAUGGGAGAAGGGACUGUCCAGAUGGGUCUGAUGAAGGCGAUCUCUGUGAUGAAUGUUCACUGAACAAUGGAGGCUGUAGCGAUCACUGUUCUGUUGUUCCUGGAAGAGGAAUUGUCUGCUCCUGUCCUGAAGGACUUCAGCUCAACAAAGACAAUAAAACGUGUGAAAUUAUAGAUUAUUGUAGCAAUCAUCUAAAGUGCAGUCAAGUGUGUGAGCAGCACAAGCACACAGUCAAGUGUUCAUGCUAUGAAGGGUGGAAGCUGGAUGUGGAUGGGGAAAGUUGCACAAGUGUUGAUCCCUUUGAAGCAUUCAUCAUCUUUUCUAUUCGUCAUGAGAUCAGAAAGAUUGAUCUUCAUAAAAGAGACUAUAGUCUACUUGUUCCUGGGUUGAGAAACACAAUAGCACUUGAUUUUCACUUCAAUCAAAGUUUGCUUUAUUGGACGGAUGUUGUAGAAGACAGGAUAUACCGGGGCAAGCUUUCUGAAAGUGGAGGGGUCAGUGCAAUAGAAGUGGUUGUGGAGCAUGGCUUGGCUACCCCAGAAGGACUGACCGUCGACUGGAUAGCAGGCAAUAUAUACUGGAUAGACAGCAAUCUGGACCAAAUUGAAGUCGCCAAACUUGAUGGCUCCUUAAGAACUACACUAAUAGCUGGAGCCAUGGAACACCCCAGGGCCAUUGCUUUGGACCCAAGAUAUGGAAUUCUUUUCUGGACAGAUUGGGAUGCCAAUUUUCCUCGCAUUGAAUCUGCCUCCAUGAGUGGAGCUGGAAGAAAAACCAUCUACAAAGACAUGAAAACUGGAGCUUGGCCUAAUGGACUAACUGUGGACCACUUUGAAAAAAGGAUAGUUUGGACAGAUGCCAGGUCAGAUGCUAUUUAUUCAGCCCUCUAUGAUGGGACAGCCAUGAUAGAAAUCAUUCGAGGUCAUGAAUAUCUUUCCCAUCCCUUUGCUGUGUCUUUAUAUGGGAGUGAGGUCUACUGGACGGACUGGAGGACCAACACACUGUCAAAAGCCAAUAAGUGGACAGGGCAGAAUGUCAGCGUGAUUCAGAAGACAAGUGCACAGCCAUUUGACCUUCAGAUAUACCACCCCAGCCGUCAGCCCCAGGCUUCCAAUCCCUGUGCAGCUAAUGAUGGCAAAGGACCUUGCUCUCAUAUGUGUCUGAUCAAUCAUAAUAGGAGUGCUGCUUGUGCGUGCCCCCACUUGAUGAAACUUUCCUCAGACAAGAAGACCUGCUAUGAAAUGAAAAAAUUUCUUCUAUAUGCAAGGCGUUCUGAAAUCAGAGGAGUGGAUAUUGAUAAUCCAUAUUUUAACUUUAUCACGGCCUUUACAGUCCCUGAUAUUGAUGAUGUUACUGUGAUAGACUUUGAUGCAUCUGAAGAACGUUUAUACUGGACAGAUAUUAAAACACAAACCAUUAAACGGGCUUUUAUUAACGGAACUGGGUUGGAAACUGUUAUUUCAAGAGAUAUUCAGAGUAUCAGAGGGCUAGCAGUGGAUUGGGUCUCACGUAAUUUAUAUUGGGUUAGCUCCGAAUUUGAUGAAACACAAAUUAAUGUAGCACGACUAGAUGGCUCUUUGAAAACCUCAAUUAUCCAUGGAAUCGAUAAGCCACAGUGUCUUGCAGCUCACCCAGUCAGGGGGAAACUCUACUGGACAGAUGGAAACACAAUUAACAUGGCAAACAUGGAUGGCAGUAACAGCAAGAUUCUCUUUCAGAAUCAAAAGGAACCAGUUGGUCUAUCAAUAGACUAUGUGGAAAACAAGCUUUAUUGGAUCAGUUCGGGAAAUGGAACCAUAAAUAGAUGCAACCUGGAUGGUGGUAAUUUAGAAGUAAUAGAGUCAAUGAAAGAAGAAUUAACAAAAGCUACAGCCCUAACCAUCAUGGAUAAGAAACUGUGGUGGGCAGACCAAAACUUAGCUCAGCUGGGAACCUGCAGCAAAAGAGAUGGAAGAAACCCCACUGUCCUGCGAAAUAAGACUUCUGGGGUUGUUCAUAUGAAAGUGUAUGAUAAAGAAGCACAGCAAGGCAACAAUUCUUGCCAACUAAAUAAUGGCAGAUGCUCUCAACUUUGCUUACCAACAUCUGAAACCACAAGGACCUGCAUGUGUACAGUGGGAUAUUAUCUCCAAAAGAACCGCAUGUCAUGUCAAGGUAUAGAGUCAUUUCUUAUGUACUCUGUUCAUGAAGGAAUCAGGGGAAUACCUCUGGAACCAAGUGACAAAAUGGAUGCUUUGAUACCUAUAUCAGGAACUUCAUUUGCUGUUGGGAUAGAUUUCCAUGCAGAAAAUGAUACCAUCUACUGGACAGACAUGGGCUUCAAUAAAAUUAGCCGAGCUAAAAGAGAUCAGACUUGGAAAGAAGAUAUCAUUACCAAUGGCUUGGGAAGAGUGGAGGGGAUAGCUAUUGACUGGAUUGCUGGUAACAUAUAUUGGACAGAUCAUGGUUUCAACUUAAUUGAAGUUGCAAGACUCAAUGGCUCUUUCCGUUAUGUAAUUAUUUCCCAAGGCCUGGAUCAACCAAGAUCUAUAGCUGUGCACCCAGAGAAAGGCUACUUGUUCUGGACUGAAUGGGGACAGAUGCCUUGCAUUGGAAAGGCUCGCUUAGAUGGCUCAGAGAAGGUUAUCCUUGUAAGCAUGGGAAUAGCAUGGCCAAAUGGUAUCUCCAUUGACUAUGAGGAAAACAAAUUGUACUGGUGUGAUGCUCGUACAGACAAAAUAGAAAGAAUCGACCUUGAGACUGGAGGGAAUCGUGAGAUGGUGCUGUCAGGGAGCAAUGUGGAUAUGUUUUCAGUUGCAGUCUUUGGGGCUUACAUCUACUGGUCUGACAGAGCACAUGCCAACGGGUCCAUCAGAAGAGGCCACAAGAAUGAUGCCACAGAAACCAUAACCAUGAGAACAGGUCUUGGAGUCAACCUGAAGGAAGUUAAAAUCUUUAAUCGAGUAAGAGAGAAAGGGACCAAUAUUUGUGCCAAAGACAAUGGUGGAUGUCAGCAACUCUGUCUUUAUAGAGGAAAUUCUCAGAGAACUUGCACUUGUGCCCAUGGAUAUUUGGCAGAGGAUGGAGUUACUUGCCUAAGGCAUGAAGGCUAUUUGCUGUAUUCAGGGAGAACAAUAUUAAAAAGUAUACAUCUUUCUGAUGAAACCAAUUUAAAUUCACCAAUAAGGCCAUAUGAGAAUCCACAUUAUUUCAAGAAUGUCAUAGCCUUGGCUUUUGACUACAAUCAAAGAAGAAAAGGUACCAACCGAAUCUUUUACAGCGAUGCACACUUUGGAAAUAUACAGCUUAUUAAAGAUAACUGGGAAGACAGACAAGUAAUCGUUGAAAAUGUGGGCUCUGUUGAAGGACUUGCCUAUCACAGGGCUUGGGAUACACUGUACUGGACCAGCUCCACUACCUCAUCCAUCACCAGACACACAGUGGACCAGACACGGCCAGGAGCAUUUGACAGGGAAGCAGUCAUUACCAUGUCAGAGGAUGACCACCCACAUGUGCUAGCCCUGGAUGAAUGCCAAAAUUUAAUGUUUUGGACCAACUGGAAUGAACAGCAUCCAAGUAUCAUGAGAUCUACCCUGACUGGGAAAAACGCUCAAGUGGUGGUCAGUACAGACAUACUCACUCCAAAUGGUCUCACUAUUGACCACCGUGCAGAGAAGCUAUAUUUCUCAGAUGGCAGCCUGGGAAAAAUUGAAAGAUGUGAAUAUGAUGGAUCCCAGAGACAUGUGAUUGUUAAAUCUGGGCCAGGAACUUUCCUCAGUUUAGCUGUUUAUGACAAUUAUAUCUUCUGGUCAGACUGGGGAAGAAGAGCUAUUCUGCGUUCCAACAAAUACACAGGGGGAGAUACAAAAAUUCUCCGUUCUGAUAUUCCACAUCAACCGAUGGGAAUCAUAGCUGUUGCCAAUGACACCAAUAGCUGUGAACUUUCUCCAUGUUCCUUAUUAAAUGGAGGUUGCCAUGACCUGUGCCUUUUAACUCCUAAUGGGAGAGUAAAUUGUUCCUGCAGGGGGGAUCGAAUAUUGCUACAUGACAACAGAUGUGUGACUAAAAAUUCAUCUUGCAACAUGUAUUCAGAGUUUGAGUGUGGAAACGGAGAGUGUAUUGACUAUGAGCUCACCUGUGAUGGCGUGCCUCACUGUAAGGAUAAGUCAGAUGAAAAACUGCUCUACUGUGAAAACAGAAGCUGUCGACGAGGUUUCAGACCCUGCUACAACCGUCGUUGCAUUCCUCACAGCAAGUUAUGUGACGGUGAAAAUGACUGUGGGGACAAUUCUGAUGAAUUGGACUGUAAAGUUUCCACCUGUGCUGCUGUUGAAUUCCGUUGUGCCGAUGGGACAUGCAUUCCAAGAUCAGCACAAUGCAACCAGAACAUAGAUUGUACAGAUGCUUCAGAUGAAAAGAACUGCAAUAAUACAGACUGUACACAUUUCUAUAAACUUGGAGUGAAAACCACAGGGUUUAUAAGAUGUAAUUCGACCUCACUGUGUGUCCUGCCAAGCUGGAUAUGUGACGGGUCUAAUGACUGUGGGGACUACUCAGAUGAAUUAAAAUGCCCAGUUCAAAACAAACACAAAUGUGAAGAAAAUUAUUUUGGUUGUCCUAGUGGAAGAUGCAUUUUGAAUACCUGGAUAUGUGAUGGUCAGAAAGAUUGUGAGGAUGGACUUGAUGAAUUCCAUUGUGAUUCUUCUUGUUCUUGGAACCAAUUUGCUUGUUCUGCACAAAAAUGCAUAUCUAAACAUUGGAUCUGUGAUGGAGAGGAUGAUUGCGGGGAUGGAUUAGAUGAAAGUGAUAGUAUUUGUGGUGCUACCACCUGCGCGGUCGACAUGUUCAGCUGCCAGGGAUCCCAUGCCUGUGUGCCGCGACACUGGCUUUGUGAUGGUGAAAGGGACUGUCCAAAUGGAAGUGAUGAGCUCUCCACAGCUGGCUGCGCCCCCAAUAAUACAUGUGAUGAAAAUGCUUUCAUGUGUCAUAAUAAAGUGUGUAUCCCCAAGCAAUUUGUCUGUGACCAUGAUGAUGACUGUGGAGAUGGCUCUGAUGAGUCACUGCAGUGUGGAUACCGACAGUGCAAUGCAGAAGAAUUUAGUUGUGCUGAUGGACGAUGUCUCUUAAAUACUCAAUGGCAGUGUGAUGGAGACUUUGAUUGCCCUGAUCAUUCUGAUGAAGCACCUUUAAAUCCAAAGUGCAAAAGUGCAGAACAGUCAUGCAACAGUUCAUUUUUUAUGUGCAAAAAUGGCAGGUGCAUUCCCAGUGGAGGUCUUUGUGACAAUAAGGAUGACUGUGGCGAUGGCUCAGAUGAGAGAAACUGCCACAUAAAUGAAUGUUUGAGUAAGAAAGUCAGUGGAUGUUCUCAAGAUUGUCAGGACCUUCCAGUCAGUUAUAAGUGCAAAUGCUGGCCUGGAUUCCAACUGAAGGAUGAUGGUAAAACAUGUGUAGACAUUGAUGAAUGCUCCUUGGGAUUUCCGUGUAGCCAGCAGUGCAUCAAUACAUAUGGGACCUACAAGUGCCUCUGUACAGAUGGCUAUGAAAUACAACCUGAUAACCCACAUGGCUGCAAAUCACUCUCAGAUGAAGAACCUUUUCUAAUUCUGGCUGAUCAUCAUGAAAUAAGGAAAAUUAGCACUGAUGGCUCCAACUAUACACUUUUGAAACAGGGAUUAAACAAUGUUAUUGCUAUAGAUUUUGAUUACAGAGAAGAAUUCAUCUAUUGGAUUGAUUCUAGCCGACCCAAUGGCAGCCGCAUAAAUAGAAUGUGUUUAAACGGAACUGACCUUAAGGUAGUGCAUAACACAGCUGUCCCCAAUGCACUUGCUGUCGAUUGGAUUGGAAAAAACCUCUAUUGGUCUGACACAGAAAAGAGGAUCAUUGAAGUAUCCAAACUCAACGGUUUAUAUCCUACUAUACUUGUUAGCAAAAGGCUGAAAUUCCCCCGGGACCUGUCUUUGGAUCCUCAAGCUGGGUAUUUGUAUUGGAUUGACUGCUGUGAGUAUCCUCACAUUGGCCGUGUUGGAAUGGAUGGAACCAAUCAGAGUGUUGUCAUAGAAACCAAGAUUUCUAGACCCAUGGCACUAACAAUAGAUUAUGUCAACCAUAGACUCUACUGGGCUGAUGAAAAUCAUAUUGAAUUUAGCAACAUGGAUGGAUCUCAUAGACAUAAAGUCCCUAAUCAAGAUAUUCCAGGGGUGAUUGCACUAACAUUGUUUGAAGACUACAUCUACUGGACUGAUGGGAAAACCAAGUCACUCAGCCGUGCCCAUAAAACCUCGGGAGCAGACAGACUCUCACUGAUUAACUCAUGGCAUGCCAUCACAGAUAUCCAGGUGUAUCAUUCUUAUAGACAACCCGAUGUCUCCAAACAUCUCUGUAUGAUAAAUAAUGGUGGUUGCAGUCAUCUGUGCCUUUUAGCCCCUGGAAAGACUCAUACCUGUGCAUGUCCCACCAACUUCUAUCUUGCAACUGACAAUAGGACUUGCUUAUCCAAUUGCACAGCUAGUCAGUUUCGAUGCAAAACUGAUAAAUGUAUUCCAUUCUGGUGGAAAUGUGACACUGUGGAUGAUUGUGGCGAUGGAUCUGACGAACCUGACGACUGUCCUGAAUUUAAAUGUCAGCCAGGCCGGUUUCAGUGUGGCACUGGGCUCUGUGCUCUGCCAGCUUUCCUCUGUGAUGGAGAGAAUGACUGUGGUGACAAUUCUGAUGAACUCAACUGUGACACACAUGUCUGCCUGUCAGGUCAGUUCAAGUGUACAAAGAACCAAAAAUGCAUCCCGGUAAACCUCAGAUGUAAUGGACAAGACGACUGUGGGGAUGAAGAAGAUGAAAGGGACUGUCCUGAAAACAGCUGUUCUCCAGACUAUUUCCAGUGUAAAACAACUAAACAUUGCAUUUCCAAGCUGUGGGUUUGUGAUGAGGAUCCAGACUGUGCAGAUGCAUCAGAUGAGACCAACUGUGAUAAAAAGACUUGUGGGCCUCAUGAAUUCCAGUGUAGAAACAACAACUGUAUUCCAGAUCACUGGCGGUGUGAUAGCCAAAAUGACUGCAGUGAUAAUUCAGAUGAAGAAAACUGUAAGCCACAGACCUGCACACUGAAAGAUUUUCUCUGUGCCAAUGGGGACUGCGUUUCUUCAAGGUUCUGGUGUGAUGGAGAUUUUGACUGUGCAGAUGGCUCUGACGAGAGAAAUUGUGAGACAAGUUGUUCCAAAGAUCAGUUCCAGUGUUCCAACGGUCAGUGUAUAUCAGCAAAAUGGAAAUGUGAUGGUCAUGAAGACUGUAAAUAUGGAGAAGAUGAGAAACACUGCGAGCCAGCUUCUCCUACUUGCUCAUCAAGUGAAUAUAUAUGUGCAAGCAGAGGAUGUAUUUCAGCAUCUUUGAAAUGUAAUGGAGAAUAUGACUGUGCUGAUGGUUCUGAUGAGAUGGACUGUGUGACUGAAUGUAAGGAAGAUCAGUUUCGAUGCAGAAAUAAAGCCCACUGUAUUCCAAUUAGAUGGCUCUGUGAUGGCAUUCAUGACUGUGUGGAUGGCAGUGAUGAAGAGAACUGUGACAGAGGAGGAAAUAUAUGUAGAUCAGAUGAGUUUCUCUGCAAUAAUUCCCUUUGCAAACUACAUUUCUGGGUGUGUGAUGGAGAAGACGACUGCGGAGACAACUCUGAUGAAGCCCCCGAUUUGUGUGCCAAAUUUCUUUGCCCACCCACAAGACCUUACAGAUGCAGAAAUAACAGAAUAUGCCUGCAGCCUGAGCAAAUGUGCAAUGGGAUUGAUGACUGUGGGGACAACUCCGAUGAAGAUCACUGUGGUGGUAAGCUUACAUAUAAAGCAAGACCGUGUAAAAAAGAUGAGUUUACUUGCAGCAAUAAAAAAUGUAUCCCCAUGGACUUCCAGUGUGACCAACUUGAUGACUGUGGAGAUGGUUCAGAUGAGCAAGGCUGCAGAAUAACUCCCGCUGAAUAUACCUGUGAAGAUAAUGUGAAUCCAUGUGGAGAUGAUGCAUAUUGUAAUCAAAUAAAGACAUCUGUUUUUUGUCGCUGUAAGCCUGGAUUUCAGAGAAACAUGAAAAACAGACAGUGUGAAGAUCUUAAUGAAUGUUUGGUGUUUGGCACAUGUUCCCACCAAUGUAUCAAUAUGGAAGGGUCAUAUAAAUGUGUGUGUGACCAGAAUUUUCAGGAAAAGAAUAACACCUGCAUAGCAAAAGGCUCUGAAGAUCAAGUUCUCUACAUUGCUAAUGACACUGAUAUCCUGGGUUUUAUAUAUCCAUUCAACUACAGUGGCGAUCAUCAACAAAUUUCUCAUAUUGAACAUAAUUCAAGGAUAACAGGGAUGGAUGUAUAUUAUCAAAGAGAUAUGAUUAUUUGGAGUACUCAGUUUAAUCCAGGCGGAAUUUUCUACAAAAGGAUCCAUGGCAGAGAAAAAAGGCAAGCAAACAGUGGCUUGAUUUGUCCUGAAUUUAAAAGGCCCAGGGACAUUGCAGUUGACUGGGUUGCUGGAAAUAUUUAUUGGACUGAUCAUUCUAGAAUGCACUGGUUCAGUUACUACACCACUCACUGGACCAGUCUGAGGUACUCUAUCAAUGUGGGGCAGCUGAAUGGCCCCAACUGCACCAGACUCUUAACAAACAUGGCUGGAGAACCCUACGCUAUCGCCGUAAAUCCUAAAAGAGGGAUGAUGUACUGGACUGUCAUUGGGGACCACUCCCACAUAGAAGAAGCAGCCAUGGACGGUACUCUGAGAAGAAUUUUAGUACAAAAGAAUCUGCAAAGACCCACAGGUCUGGCUGUGGAUCAUUUUAGUGAGCGAAUAUACUGGGCUGACCUUGAGCUUUCUAUUAUUGGCAGUGUUCUGUAUGAUGGCUCUGAUUCAGUAAUCUCUGUCAGUAGCAAACAAGGCUUGCUACAUCCACACAGGAUUGAUGUCUUUGAAGAUUAUAUAUAUGGAGCAGGACCUAAAAACGGUGUAUUUCGAGUACAAAAAUUUGGCCAUGGUUCAGUAGAAUACCUAGCUUUAGAUAUUGAUAAAACAAAAGGUGUUUUGAUAUCUCAUCGCUAUAAACAACUAGACUUGCCCAAUCCAUGCUUGGACUUAGUAUGUGAAUUCCUGUGUUUGCUGAAUCCCUUUGGAGCUACCUGUGUGUGCCCAGAAGGCAAAUAUUUGAUUAAUGGUACUUGCAAUGAUGACAGCCUACUAGAUGAUUCAUGCAAAUUGACUUGUGAAAAUGGAGGAAGAUGCAUUUUAAAUGAGAAGGGUGACUUGAGGUGUCACUGUUGGCCUAGUUACUCAGGAGACAGAUGUGAAGUCAAUCACUGUAGCAACUACUGCCAAAAUGGAGGAACCUGUAUACCCUCAGCUCUGGGGAGACCAACCUGCAGCUGUGCACUGGGGUUCACGGGACCAAACUGUGGUAAGACUGUCUGUGAGGACUUUUGUCAAAAUGGAGGGACCUGCAGUGUGACUGCUGGGAACCAGCCCUACUGCCACUGCCAGCCCGAACACACUGGAGACAGAUGUCAGUACUAUGUCUGUCACCACUACUGUGUGAAUUCUGAAUCCUGUACCAUUGGUGAUGAUGGAAGUGUUGACUGCAUCUGUCCAACACGCUAUGAAGGUCCAAAAUGUGAGGUUGACAAAUGUAUAAGGUGCCAUGGCGGGCAUUGUAUUAUAAAUAAAGACAGUGAAGAUAUAUUUUGCAACUGCACUAAUGGAAAGAUUGCCUCUAGCUGUCAGUUAUGUGAUGGCUACUGUUACAAUGGUGGCACAUGCCAGCUGGACCCUGAGACAAAUGUACCUGUGUGUCUAUGCUCUGUGGGGUUUAAAAGUCAGCGCUGUGACCAGAAAGAGAACCCUUGUGAUCACUACUGUCAGAAUGAGGGGAUUUGCACUUUAACUGCGUUUAAUGAGCCAAGAUGCAAAUGCUCCACCAACUGGUCAGGCACACAGUGUGAGAGACCAGCCCCAAAGAGCAGCAAGUCUGAUCAUAUUAACACAAGAAGCAUUGCCAUCAUUGUACCUCUAGUUCUCCUGGUGACUUUGAUAACCACCUUAGUAAUUGGUUUAGUGCUUUGUAAAAGAAAAAGAAGGACAAAAACUAUUAGAAGACAACCUAUUAUCAAUGGAGGAAUCAAUGUAGAAAUUGGGAAUCCAUCUUAUAACAUGUAUGAGGUGGAUCAUGAUCACAACGAUGGAGGUCUUCUAGAUCCUGGUUUUAUAGUAGAUGCAACAAAGGCCAGGUAUAUAGGGGGAGGGUCCAGUGCUUUCAAGCUUCCGCACACAGCGCCUCCCAUCUACCUAAACUCUGAUUUGAAAGGACCACUAACUGCUGGGACAACAAAUUACUCCAAUCCAGUGUAUGCAAAAUUAUAUAUGGAUGGGCAAAAUUGUCGGAACUCCUUAGGAAGUGUUGAUGAAAGGAAAGAACUGCUUCCAAAGAAAAUAGAAAUUGGGAUAAGAGAGACAGUGGCAUAA